CCACAAGUCAUAUCUUAUUUUACCAUGUUUCACGUGUACGCCUCCCCGGCCUCUCUCCUUAGAUAGGCCCAAUACGGUAUUGGUGCGUCAUAAGCUAGCAGACGAUUGUCCUUUUGUCCAAGGCUCCCACCAUGGUGAAAUACAGGUUAUUACCGUGAACAAUUGGACUCAUACCGACGGGCUCUCCUGCACAGCCUCUUUCUUGUGCUCUUGGACAAUGGGGAAUGAACGACAUUUGCGCGUCUACACCUGCAUGAAACUCCAUCAUGGCAUGAAGCAGUGUUGAUAGAGUCCUGCCUGGUACUUCAAGUUACCUGCAUCGUAAGUACCAACAUGACGUCUCAGCAGCCCCAUGAAGACCCUCCGCAAGAGGGAGGCCAGGGCACAAAUCACGCAAGGGAAACAUUAGCUUCCUCUGGACCGGAGUCUACACAAGAUCAUCCUAGGACCACAAUCGAUUCGCUAUCACAGCCUCAACCAGAGCACGAGGACAAUCAACAACAAGCUCGAGAAGGCGCGCAACCAUGGGCCGGCAGAAGAAGCAUCUCCUCGAUAGACCGCGUAUCGACUGUAGACAGCUUCUAUCGGUCCUCAACCAGAGAAUCCCAAAGCACACUCGACGCGGAUGUUCCACCCUCCACUUAUAGCGACACCUACGGACAGAUCCGAAACGAAAAUGAAGGAUUACGGACCGACGCGACCGUCGGUGCUGAUGGGCGAGUCGACAUUCACAUCGAUCAGCGCCCCAGCAGACUCUCUGCGCUCGUUGUCCCAGCACUUCGAAAGCAACUCGAUCUCGUUGCCCAAGGACCGACUCCGCCUGCGCCAUUUGUCCCUCCCGAGCUUGGAGGGGCGCCUGGCCAAGUUCCUCCACCUUCGUUGAAUGUGGUCAUACACGUCGUUGGAUCUCGGGGAGAUGUUCAGCCUUUUGUGGCCCUAGGGAAGGUCUUGAAAGAGACCUACGGUCAUCGAGUCCGGCUCGCUACACAUCCGGUGUUCCAGGAGUUCGUGACCGAAAAUGGUCUCGAAUUUUUCAGCAUCGGAGGGGACCCAGCGGAGCUCAUGGCGUUCAUGGUCAAGAAUCCGGGUCUCAUGCCUGGGUUUGACACUCUUCGAAGCGGGGACAUCGGGAAGCGAAGGAAAGGCAUCGUCGAAAUGCUCAAUGGCUGCUGGCGUUCAUGCUAUGAGGUCGGAGACGGCCUCGGCCCAGAAGCGACAGAUGAAUCUUUCGAAGAGUGGAUGAGCGAAGAUGCACACACGAAUCCGGGUGUUGAUCCGGUUCAAGUGCCAUUCGUGGCGGAUGCAAUCAUUGCGAACCCACCGAGUUUUGCUCAUGUCCACUGUGCCGAGAGAUUAGGGGUACCUUUGCAUAUGAUGUUCACGAUGCCAUGGUCUCCCACGCAAAGUUUCCCCCACCCCCUCGCCAAUAUCCAGUCUUCCAACGCGGACCCUGGAUUCACAAAUUCUGUCUCUUAUUCCAUGGUUGACAUGCUCACAUGGCAGGGCUUAGGGGAUGUGAUCAAUCGGUUUCGUGUCCACCGACUGGGGCUUGACCCAAUCAGUCUCAUGUGGGCUCCAGGUCUCCUGUCCCGGCUAAAGGUCCCUUAUACCUAUUGCUGGUCUCCUGCACUGAUACCCAAACCCAAGGAUUGGGGUCCGCAUAUUUCUAUCGCCGGUUUUUACUUUCUUUCUCUUGCUUCCAAUUACACCCCCGUUCCGGAUCUCAAGGAGUUCCUGGAUGCCGGACCCCCACCUGUCUAUAUUGGGUUUGGAUCUAUCGUCGUGGAUGACCCGAAUGGCAUGACCCGGCUGAUCUUCGACGCCAUUGCUAAAACAGGCCAGCGAGCGCUUGUAUCCAAAGGCUGGGGGGGACUUGGAGCAGAUUCUGUUGGACUGCCUGAUGGGGUGUUCAUGUUGGGCAACGUUCCGCACGAUUGGUUAUUCCAGCACGUCUCCUGUGUUGUUCAUCACGGAGGAGCUGGCACAACUGCUGCUGGUAUCGCCGCAGGCCGACCUACCGUCGUCGUUCCAUUCUUUGGUGACCAGCCAUUCUGGGGUGCUAUGGUCAACAAAGCUGGCGCUGGGCCUGAGCCGAUACCGUACAAGGAACUGACAGCAGAUAAACUCGCAGAUGCACUGCUAGAUGCCCUGAAACCAUCGAGUCUUGAGAGAGCGCGGGAUCUAGCCGAUAUGAUUAAAGAAGAGCAAGGUUGCCAAGUUGGGGCCCAGAAAUUUCACCAGAUGUUGGAUUUGGACACGAUGCGCUGUCAACUUAUGCCCGAGAAGAUUGCCGUAUGGAAAGUAAGGAGAGCACACAUUCGACUAAGUGCGGCUGCUGCUACAGCACUGGUGAUGGAAGGUGUCAUAAUGGAGAAUGACCUGAAACCGUUUCGCGCGAAAGAGUAUGACGCUGAUGACGGCCCGUGGGAUCCAAUCUCUGGCGGAGCAGCGGCGAUUAUGGGCACUAUGAGCAGCAUGAUGAUGGGAGUUGCGGAUUUGCCCAUCGCGACGCUAAAGGCGCUCAGAGUUCAUCCCGAUGCUGCCAAAAAGAAGCAAAAGGCUGAUAAAGCUGGGGAAGGCGGUAGUGCCGUCACAGGAACAUCAACCCGUGGCGAUUUGGACCGCACAUCCACACAUUCCUCGAUCGAAGCGCAGUGUGUGACUUCACCCACAGCGGCAGCGCCUACCGAAGCCUCGGACACCCUCUCACUAGCACCUGUCCCUGGAAAUGAUGCCAUAGACAGCCAUCUCAGUCCUGCCGUAUUGACCCCAACUGGGUCUUCGGCAAAGAGGUCUCAUGUGGAUUCAGCCAACUUGGGUGGUGACAGCGCUCCUUUGGCUGCCCAAGCCACGAUAACCCAAAACCAGAGCAAUUCGAUUAUCCCCCAAAUCUCCCAUCCCGAGUCACUCCACGAAUCUCGAUCUGAUACCGAUACACCAGCUGAAAGCACCCAUUCAAGCCAGAUAGGUCGCUCAAGAAGUGCAGGGUCGGAGAGCACACCGACUGAGACCUCAACACAUCCGCGAACGAGAUCAGUCGGUCCUAACCCCGCCGAACCAGAAGACGGUUCCAGCCAUUCCCCUAGCCCUUUCACGCUCGACACUGCGUAUGGGACUGGGAAGGGCUUUACAAGAAUCGCCGGCGCUGGCCUAAAGGCGCCGAUGGACUUUACCAUGGCUGUGGCGAAAGGAUUCCACAACGUACCGAGAAUGUAUGGAGAAGAAGUUCGCCCCGCUGGCCGCGUGACGGGUAUCAAGAGCGGGCUAAAAACCGCCGGAAAGGAAUUCGGACUAGAUCUGUUCGAGGGUAUAACUGGAGUUGUGACUCAGCCAAUAGAGGGCGCCAAAAAAGACGGUGCUGCAGGGUUGGCCAAGGGGUUCGGUAAGGGACUUGCCGGCCUAUUCCUCAAGCCAACUGCUGCUGGUUAUGCUCUUCCGGCGUAUGCGUUCAAAGGAAUAUAUAAGGAAAUCCAGAAGCGGUAUGGCUCCGCAGUAAGAACUUACAUUAUUACUGCGCGAUCUGUCCAGGGCUUUCAGGAAUAUAUCCAUAUGACCCCUGAGCAACGCAGAAACCUUGUUCAUGGCUAUCUCCACCUUCUUAAAGAAACACGCAAAAAGAAGCCAUACCGGGAGCAGCAGCUAGAUGCUAUCCAUGCGAAAAAUAAGGCUCGAAAGGAAAAGAAGAAGGCCACGCAGAAUAAGAAAAACGGGACUAACGAAUCGCUGCGAUCGUCGUCAACCGCUGGCGUUUCGGACAUGACGCCUAUAGCUUCGUCCUCUGUCAGUCAAAUAUCUCAAGCCUACUCUAACACGGACCAACAACUACCGCCUGACUCCGACCGUGCGCGACGUAUGUCUGACCCGGAUUUGGAAGCUGCCAUCUUGCGAUCCAUCGAGGAAACGACUGCUGGCGAUCCAUCGGAGGAUGAGCUGAUCGCUCGCGCGAUACGAGCUAGUAUGGCAGAGCUGCAGGGAGGGACAACCCGCCGCCCAGAAGCAACAUCGGGUAUGUCCGAAGCGGAUAUGGAGGCGCAAGAGGAGGAAGCAUUGCAACGAGCUUUAAAAGCUAGUGUUGCCGAGGCGACAAAAGCUGGCGCGAGUGACGAAGAGGCUAGGCAGCUCGAGGAAGUCAUUCGACUCAGUCUCCAGGAACAGAGUGCCAAACAUGUCAGCCCAAGCCCCGAAGGAGCCGGUCCAUCAGUGAGGACAGGGGCAGAAGAUGAAUGCGAAGAUCCCGAUGAACAUGAAGAGGAGCAACUUAGGCUCGCAAUUGAGGAAUCACGACGAGAGAUGGAGAAACUGCGAGCAACUGAAGAGCCGCGGGAUUUGGAGGAUUCGAUCGUCAUGGAGUAUGUCAACCAGAAAAGCAUGGCUGAGGAGACGCAAGAUCGAUGAUUGCGAAAGUGGAGAUGGGUCGGAACUGGAGCUUGCUUAGGGAACGUCAAAGGCAAAGGACUAUCAAUUUCUUCAGUCCAAGAUGCGGUUAAGGAAAGAGAGAAGCAACGUCACGAAGAUUUACGGCUAGGUUGUGUCAACGCGUUAAUUGAGACGUGCAUCUUUGAAUACAGCCUGAUGAUCCCUAGUAAGCGUUCUUUCAAACUCGGUGGUGGCAGGAUUUACCCGUAGUUGUUUAAUUCAUUCACGAAUGCUUACGACCUGAGAGAAUCCUCGGUAAAUCAGAACAAUGUGAAUGGUGU